AUGGGACAUCCAUGUGAAUAUAAUGCUAGAGCAGAGUUUUGGGAUGACUUGCAAGAGAUUAGACAUUGGUGGGCUGGCCCAAUUUGCUUUGCAGGUGACUUUAAUGCAGUUAGAUCAUAUGAUGAAACAAAUAAGAUUGAAGCAGACGGUAGGAAUUCUGGAUUUCUAAACAUCUUCAUUCUUCAACAAGAAUCGGUGGAUCAAUCUUUGGUAGGAGGUGCAUAUACUUGGUCUAAUAAUCAAACUGAUCCUCUUCUUUGCAGGCUAGUCAGGUUUUUAUUUAGUGUUGAAUUUGAUGAGGCAUUCCCUUCUGCUUUACAAAUUUCACUAACUAGAACUGUGUCUGAUCGUAACCCCCUUAUGGUUAUUACAAGUCACUCACUCAGCAGCAAACCAUAUUUUAAACUAGAAAAAAGUUGGACUGAGCAUGAAGACUUUGAGAAGAAGGUUGCUAUAUGGUGGAAUGCAAUGCAUUACAGUGGUAGUGCUAGUUCAGUAUUUUUUCUAAAACUUAAAAAUCUUAAGUACUUCAUUUAUUCUUGGGGUUUGAUUGAGUUUGGUGCUGUAGGUAGAGAUAAAAGAAUUCUGACUGAGAAAAUUGGGGAAUUUAACCUGAGAAGUUUGAAGAAAGGUUGCAUCACAAGUUAA